AUGCCACCACAACAUUUUGUAAUUCUUGGAGGAGGUAUAUCAGGUUUGACAGCAGCAUGGUAUCUAGCGCUUAAUGCGCCGUUGACAACAAAAAUCACGCUAUUGGAAGCCUCCAAUAGGUUUGGAGGAUGGAUACAGAGUACGCGUGUAGGUGAGGAUCGAAUACUCUUCGAACAAGGUCCUCGAACCCUGAGGCCUGUUGGGUUGGGUGGGCUCGUG